GUGUGUGUGUGUGAGUGAGCAGCUGAACUGCAAUUGAAUUAAACGAAACGAAACGAGACGACUUGAAAAAGUUGAAGCUUUGGUUUUUUGUUAUUUAGUACGCAGCUGUCUCCCGACGUGUACGUUACGUAGCAGCGUCGUGCCGCUGUCAAAAAAAAAUAAAAAGAGCGGUGAAAAUCUGUAACUCGAAUUCGAAUUCAACACUUGAGGAUUUUUUAAAACUUUGUCGGAUUUAACGCCUUACUAAUCAAACGAGCCUUAAAUCGAGAGGGAGAUUGUAAAGAAGAUCAAGAAUUAAAUAUUAAAGAUUGAAUAUUAAGGAUUAACGAUGCCUUACCAGCCAGCAGGCAAUAGCAGCGGAACUGGCAGCAAAACGGCCAAAAUGUCGCAGUUGAAGUUCUGGAACAAACAGAACAACAACAAGCAACAGGAGAAGCAACUGCAACUGCAACAAAAUGAUGGCGACAAUCUCGAUGGCACUGGCAACAGCAAUGGCAACAAUAACGGCAACAGCAGCAACACCAACAACAGCAACAACUCCAAAAAUGAUUCAAAGAAUGGCAAAAGAAAUUGGUUGCACACUCCAGAGCAAUUAAUCAACGGACACGCGGUCUAUCUAGUCAAGUUCUUUGGUAACCUGAGCGUGGAUCAACCCAAGGGCAUUGAGGUGGUCAAGGAUGCAAUUCGCAAGCUGCAGUUUGCCCAGCAGAUGAAGAAGGCGGAGACGGGCACACAGGAGAAGUUCAAGAAAUUGGAGAUCACAAUUAGCAUUAAAGGUGUUGCAAUUCAAGAGCCACGCACCCAUAAAAUACUGCAUCAGUUUCCACUGUACAACAUCUCGUAUUGUGCGGACGAGAAGGGUGUGAAAAAGUUCUUUAGUUUCAUUGCCAAAACGGUCAAGACGACCAACAACACAAUGGAUACAAAUGGCUAUAAUAAUGGCAGCAGCAGCAGCUCAUCCAAGCCAGAGGAGACUCAUGAGUGUUUUGUAUUCAUAUCAAAUAAACUGGCCUCGGACAUUACGUUGACCAUUGGCCAGGCUUUUGAUUUGGCCUACAGAAAAUUCAUGGACAGCAAUGAGAAGACGAAUCUGAGCAAAGCGCAGCAGCAGAUUGAGCAUCUGCAGCAGACGAUUUCCAUCUACAAGGAGCGACUGCUCGAGUUGUCCACCAAAUUGCCAAAGGCCGAGCUGGAAGCCAUGUUGUACAAACUGGGCAUUAAGGAUAUUGCCGAGGCGCCUUUAAAUGAACUAAAUGGCAACGAAACAACGCUAAGCAAUGGCAAACUGGAUGACGACAAGUUGCUGAUUGACACGAAUUCGACGACAGCCUCGACGCAUUCGGCGUCUCCCAACUCCUUCUUGCCAAUUGUGCCGCCAAGGAGCAACUUGUCCAGCCAGAUGAGCAGCGGCAGCGGCGGCAAAAGUAAUAGCCAGAAAAUGGAUGAGUUGCUGUUGAAUUCGGAUUCGGAUAGUGAUUUUGAUCCGAGGGCUGAUGAGAUACAGGAUAAUCUUAGCAAUGGUCGCAAUGCCAUUAGCAAUGAUCUGUUUGGCUUUGAGCCAUCAAAGAGUUUUGGCCAACAGUUGUUCUUCAACAACAAUGAUCACAAGCUGCACAACAACAACAACAACAGUAGCCUGAGCAACAACAACAACAUGAGCAACAACAGCAGCGGAUUCUCCAGCGAGCUGAACAUAACGCCCCCAUUAUUGGCACCGCCGCCCAAGAUUGCGGCACCAAGACGCACCACACCGUUGGCCAACAAUGGGUUAAAUGGCAACACGGAUCCAUUUGGCUCCGAUCCGUUUGAAAUGAAUAAUGGGCCAAGCGUGUUUAAAAGUCAACUGAACAUCGAUGACUUUUCGUUGGAGAGUUUGGAUCCGUUGCGCAAGUGAGCUGAGAAUUCAGCGGUGCUAAUUACGCCAUUGCAACACACAUAAAUUAAUAUUACUAACUAAAAA